UGGCGGAACUUGGAGAUGCUGUUUGCGUCACAAGCAAGUUUAGCAGAAGGAGCAGAUACAAUAGAUGAGACAGUCUUAAGGAGCUGGGUCGGAGACAAGACCGAGAGAAUGGAGGAGGACAUUAGAAAGAGGGGGAUACUGUAUUUACAACAACAGCGGUUUGGGAAGAAAUGGCGUAAGGUCUGGUCCGUGCUCUACCGAGAGAGCUCCUGCUCCAUCUCUCGCCUUGAGUUUUUUGAGUUUAAAGAUGGAGCUGGCAACACGCUGGAGAAGGCCAACCGCAAACAGGAAAACAAAAAGGUGAUAAAAAUGAACGACUGCAUUCGUGUUUCGGAGGCCGAUGUCGAAGGCUGUCCACGGGAUUGUGGACCCUUUUUGGUGGAGACAACUGAAAAGACAUUUGUUUUCGCCGUUGAGACAGCUGAACUGGAGGACUGGAUCCAGAAACUGUGUGAAAUCGCCUUUCCGAUGAGCUGGACAGAGAGAGGAGCGGUGAGAGGAAACAGUUUGCAUGGUGAAUCUGAUGACGUCACGAUGGCAGACAACACUCUCUACUGCAGCAGAGAAACUGCAAUGAAAGACUUUAAGGUGACAGUGAGGCGCACAGAGGCUUCUGAGAGAUGCGGCCUGAAAGGAACAGUGUUGUUACGGACUGAUUUUGAUAGCCUCCUUCUGAAGGAACCGAAAACGGGAGAGGUUCUCUACUCCUGGCCCUACCGCUUCCUUCGCAGGUUCGGACGGGACAAGGCAACAUUCUCCUUUGAGGCUGGGCGAAGAUGCGACUCUGGGGAAGGAAACUUCGAGUUUGACACAAAGCAAGGAAACUCCAUCUUUCAGUCUGUAGAGGCUGCCAUCAAUCUACACAGAGUCAAUUUACCGCAGAAGCAGGUAUCAAGUGGGGAGCGAGAUACCACGCCCUCUUCACCUCGAAUGAGAGCUGGGGCAGAGGAUCCGAGUAUCUACAGCAUGGUGACUGAUGGAGCCAAACAACCCCAAAACCCUCAGCAAUCCAGACUCGAAGCCCCUGCGGAGAAGCUUCUGACUGGAGUCAAGAGUCUGACCCUGGACACCAGGCCUCCGCCGCGUAAGAGCCAGGUCAAGAACUUCCGCAGCUGUCCUUUGGUCAACAGUGAGGAUGAGAUGUAUUCCCGAGCCAUGGCGCCGGAUCCAGAUCGGGGAAGUCCAGGGGAGAAGAGAGAACCGAAAGACCGACGUUCCACAUGCUCCAACCCUGAGGACUCCGACUACUCGCUGCCCUUCGACACCAUUGCCAAAAACGUUAUGGGAGACAUUUUGUCCGCAUCAAACCCUCCACCCAUGUUUGUAGAGCCCAACUGUGAAAACGACAGGAAAGGCAAUAUAGAAAACACAGAACCACUAUAUGACAUUAUAGAUGAAACUGCAAUCAGAACCCGUUUCUCAAACAGAAAACCAAAUUCUUACAAAAGAGUAGAGCACAUCUAUGAUGAACCAGAGGGUUGCGGUGUGGCCCCGAGUGGGCUUCCAUCGCUCUAUGAUGAGCCGGAGGAGGUCAAAGGUCAUGCUUGGAAGAUGUUGGGCACAGUAAUGGAUCCGAGCGGUCAUGAAUAUCCAUACAACGCUUCUGCCGACGACUACGCGGUUCCUAAACCUCCCAGGAGGGCCUUGCUGUCAAAACAGAAGGACAGUGAGGAAGAGGACAGCUCACCGUAUGAUAACAUUAUGGUGAAAGGAGUGCAAAAGAAUAACUAAGGACUGCCUCAGAAUCAAAGGACAAUGAAGUUAAAUAUAAGUGAGUGUGCGAAUGAAUGAAUGAUAUAUUUAAUCAAUUAAUGUGCAAAAUGAAUAAUAGUUAUCAGAGUGCAUUACUGUUAUUCAGAAAGGUGUGAUCUGCAACACAUAUCAUCAGAUGUCAGUAGGUCAAAUUCAAUUCCAACCCAACAUUAAAUCUCUAAACUAACCAAAUGCGCUAAAAUUGCGCUGUAAUAUGAA